AUGGCAGUCCAUGCUAGAGCAAAAAAUGACUUUGUGACCAGCAUCAGCAACUUAUGGGAGGGCUAUCCUCAUGGAAUUCUACAGUUUGUGAUCAAGUUCUACUUCAUCACUCAGAUUGCAUACUGGGUUCACUGUAUUCCUGAGCUCUACUUCCAGAAGGUUAAGAAGGAGGAAAUGAUGAGCAGGAUCACAUACGCAGCUCUGUACUUUGUGUUUAUUACGGGCGCCUAUCUUCUCAAUUUCACUCGUGUUGCCCUGUGCAUGAUGGUUCUGCAUUACUUUGUGGAGGCUGUGUUUCACUCCGCCCGACUUCUGUACUUUGCUGAUAGGACAGACCUGGCAAAUACUGGAUUCAUGGCAUGGAACGUCCUGUUUGUGCUGGUCCGACUGGGUAGCAUCACCCUGGCUGUGCUCACUUUCUGGUAUGGGUUGGAGCAGACAGGUGUGCAUGCUGUGAGCAUAAAGGACGGCAACUUCAAUACUCAGAUUGUAAGAAUCAACUGCCUUGCUGCUAUAUGUCUCCUGCAAGCCUGGAUGAUGUGGAACUUCAUUACUUUCCACCUGAAGCGCAUGCGUGAGCGCAGCACAGGCUCCUCCGCAGCACGCAAGUCCGGAGUUGGAAAGAAGAGCAAGAAGGUUAAAGGCAAGAAGAGUGAGGACGAGGACUCCACUACUGAGAAUGAUGAAGGAACCGUGUCAGAGAACGGAUCUCCUGCUGUCAGACAGAGGACACCCAAGGUCAAGAGAAACUAGGUCAAGGUCACAUGGUUGCCUGGCAACGUGAAAUUCCAGUCAUUUGCAAGAGUUAUGAUAUAAAAUAAGACAACAGAUGGCAUCAACAGGAAUUCAUCUGGUAAAUGAUAAAAUUUAUGGUUCUCAGGUGUAAGUGAAGGGCUAUAUUAGUUAUUUUGUAACUCAAUCAGGUUUUUAUGGAUUUGCAAGAAGAGUUUUGACCCAAUAGUCGGCCAUCUUUAUCAGGGUGUAAUCUUACUUCUUAUUGCUCAGCAUAGCUAAGUAGGAUAGAUUGAGAGUAAGAAAGACCUUUUUGAGCUACGAUGUAAUGCUGAUGUCAGAAUUUUCAUUUUAUUUUGUUUUUAAGAUAUUUGAUAAACAAAGAGACAAUGUGUAAUAAUUCCUUAUUGAGAGGACUUUCUUUUUAUGUUCAUUGUGCCAGACUUUGCCUUCAUAAUUAUUGGGAAAUCAUUGAAGUCUGUGUAUGAUAUGGCAAAUAGCCGACUGAAACUGGUUUUAUUGGAAGAGUAUUUUGAGCAGUGACUCUGUGAGUGUUGUGACUGCACUGAUACUUUGUUAUUAUUAUUAUUAUUAUUAUUAUUAUUAUUAUUAUUAUUAUAGUGAGUUUUGUUGUAAAGCUGAGGGAUUUCUUUAAGUUAUCUUCAUGAUAAUUUUUAUCAAAGUGGUGCUGGGUUUCAAUAGCCAAAUAUUCCAACUGGAGGUGUAAACCAUUCUAUUUAUGAGAGAGUUUUCAUAGGUCUGUCUCUCUUUCAUACCCCCUGCUACCUCCCUUUGGAGCAAAUUUUCCUCUCGUCACAGCUCUUAAAGGCUCAUAAUUAGAGAGAAAAUGAGCAGUUGCAUCUAAUUAUCAACUUUUGAGCUUAAAUAGCAGGGCAAGAAGAGAUGAAGUUAUAUUGACGGGAAAAAAUGUCACAGAGAGAGACAGAGAAAGAGACAGAAGGUGCUGCUGUAGUGUCUGUAAUAUUGAAAUCUUAAUAAGAAUAUUUGACAUUAGGUGAGAAUAGACACAAAUUUGUUCUUGAAAUUUGUUCAGUUGAAAGUAUAUUGGCAUUGUAAUUAUAGUUCAGAUGAAAACAGUGUUGCUUAAAAUUUGCUUUAGGCUCAUUUAAUAGAGAUGGGUGAUGUCGUGACCUGUCUUGUAUAGAUAUGGUAGUGUUAUCAAUGUUGUGUGGGGAACAUUAAUUUUUUUUUUAUCAAGUGCACUUUUUUUUUCAAAAGGAGUGUGCAAGAGGUUUUGAAUUUAAUUAAUUAUUAUCAUUUUUUUCUUUGUAGCAGUUUGUUUCUUUUAAAUAUUGUCAUUGUUAGUUUAGUGGUAGUAGCUACAGGGGAAUGUUUGUCCUGAAGGAGAUCAAUCGAAGUUCUGUUAUCUUGGGAAUGCUCUAUAUAGAUAGCUAUUAUUUUUUAACAAAACAAAAAAAAAACACCGAUGUCAUAAAAAGAAAAAAAAAUGAGACUGGUUUCAUUCCUUCUGUUGAAACUUCAUCAACAGUUGUAAAAACGCUUUACAGAGUCACAUAGUGUAGUCAUUGCUGAAAGAAAAUACUAUGAACUGCAGUGUGUUAGGUAUGUAGAACAUAUUGAAUAAGUUAUUUUAGAGGACUCAGUGUCUUGGUACAUUAUUAAAAAAAAGAGUGGAGGUGUGUCUGAGUGUUGAUUUGUCAGCUCAGUGUUUGCUUUUGUGAAAAAAAGUCAUAAUUAUCCAUGUGAUGUUGAUUUAAAAUGAUAUUUGCUUUGGU